UUUACUUAAUAUUUUAUCCCUUAAUCGAUUAUCGCAAUUAUUGGUUGUAUAUCUGACCGCAUGUAAGAAUCAUCACGUUGUUAGUAAUCGAUUUUUCGCGGGCAAGAAACACUGACCAUAUCAGUUGCCGGUGCCGCCAUCGCGCGCUGGGAGCCAUUACUCUCUACUUCUCUCUCUCUCUCUCUCCUCCCUGUUUCCUCUGCUUCUCCAUCCUCUCGUUCUUUCUCUAUCUGUCGUUUGCUAAUAUCCUGUUUGGGAAAUCAUGCGUUUCGUAUACAUGUAGCGCGUUUCUCUUACCGAUCAUUGUCGCUUGAUCGCACGGAAAAACAGAUUUUUCGUUAUUUGUUUUACUUGCAUCGAUUCUCGCUGUACUCCGCCGUAAAUAAGGAAAGACGACUUCACUGCGCGAGAGGGCAUCCGAGCCCGCCCUCCUGGCAAAAAGAAAUUUGGUGAACGUAGAAAUAAAGUAAGAAGCAGAAUGACGUAAUGUUCGAGUAGAGAAAGAAAGGUGAAUUCAUCAUUAAUAAAAAAGAAGAGGAAAUAAUAGAGUGAUAUAUCAAAGAAAGACAACAAAAUGAUAACGCGAUUGUGUCGAUAAAAACAUUAAGUGAUGUAAUUGCGCAUAAAUUAUGUACAACGAUCUGUCUAAUAAGCCUACAAACAAUGACGUGGUAAAGUCGUAAGAUAGAGAAGAAGAGAAACGGGAUUUACUUUUUUUUGAUAAAUUUGUGUAAGGAUGAGGACAAAGGAACAAGCGGGUUCGUCCAAGUCGUCGGGCUCUGCAGGCUCUACUGAGGAAAAAGAAAAAGAUGAGAGGAUGUUUGAGUGCAAUAUUUGUUUGGACACCGCAAAAGAUGCAGUAGUCAGCAUGUGCGGCCAUCUCUUCUGCUGGCCAUGUCUGCAUCAGUGGUUAGAGACCAGACCUACCAGGCAGGUUUGUCCAGUAUGCAAGGCUGCCAUAAGCAAAGAUAAAGUCAUUCCAUUAUAUGGACGAGGUGCUACAAAGCAUGAAGACCCACGGAACAACGUGCCACCACGCCCGGCCGGUCAAAGGUCAGAGCCAGAAGCUAAUGUCGGCUUUCCCGGCUUUGGUUUCGGUGAUGGUUCCUAUAUGUCAUUCGGCAUUGGCACUUUUCCAUUCGCUUUCUUUACGUCGACUUUUAAUUUUGGAGAUACACGACCAAGCGCAGCUCCUAGAGGCACGCCACAAUACGAUGAAGAGCAAUUUUUAUCCAAGGUAUUUUUGUGGUUAGCGGUGAUAUUCAUCUGUUGGCUGUUGAUGGCAUAAUAUUGUUUCUAAAUCAUACAUCGGACUAUCCAAUAAUUUGUCAUACUUAUAAUGCCGAUUUGCCCAAUUAUUGUCUUGUUUAUAAUAUCCUUUUGGUUUAUGGUAAUUACAACAUUACAUUGGUUUUUAUUACGUGGAUCUUAUAAAAUCUCUUAAUUUUGAAGAAAGAAACAAAAAUACAAAUUUAUUUACGCGUAUUUAAAAACUAUGUGAUGAAAAAAUUCUUCUCACUUUCGCUUUAGAAAAGAGGAAAAAAGUACAUCAAGUGUUUUGUUCAAAAUACUUGUGCAAAACGUUGUACACGAUUUCGUGGUAUUUGCACAUUUCGAACGGGGUGGUUCUUUUCCUAUUUGGAUAAUUCUGAUAUUUUAAUGUUACUCUUUUAUGUACAUAUUAUAUAUAAAUAUAUCCAUAGAAGAAAA